UGCUAUCCUCGGGAGCCAGCAAGCAGGAGCUGCGGAUGCUGACGCCGGUGGGAAAAACGAGCUGGCAUAUGCAGAACUAUGUGGUUGUCUGGAUGACAAGACGCUAAUGCUAAUCCUGUAUGAAGCGCCAGAUGAUGGAAAAAAGAGUCUAGAAAUACUGAGACGCCAUUUUGAGUCAGAAGAAAAACCGCGAAUUGUCGGACUUUACACAGAGCUAACCAACGUGCUAAUGACUGAAAAAGAAGAGCUAGCUGACUACUUAGCUCGUGUUGAGAAGAUCGUGGUGGCACUAAACCGAGCUAAAGAGACCCUUAGCGAUGCACUGUUGGUGGCAAUGGUAUUAAAAGGACUCACGGAUGAAUAUGCACCGUUUUCUGUGCAUGUUACGCAGACGAGAGAGACUCUAUCAUUCAACGAGUUCAAGGCUAGGUUGAGGAGCUUUGAAUGCUCACUCCGCUACCGCUCAAGACCACGUGCAGAUGAAGUAAUAAUGAUUAACCACAAAGGAAAGCAGACAAAGUACAAAAAUAAUAAGAAAUACUUCAGCGGAGAAUGUUUUAUUUGUGAAAGAGUUGGCCAUAAAGCUAAAGACUGCAGAAACAAAGCUAAGAAACCACAGAGUAACUUAAGGGCUGCUUACACACAAAAUAGCAGCAAAGCAGUCGCCAUCACAGACACAAGACAGAGCACGACGUGGAGCAGAGACGAGCACACUGCUGAGCAGGAGACCUUCAUCCUCCGGGCAAGUGAAUGGCAACCUCACAACGCACAGCCAGAGGGAUUGCUUGUGGAUAGCGGUGCAUCAGCUCACAUCAUGACCAGCGAAGAAGCGUUCAUCAGGUUCGACGAGACGUUCCGGCCUAAAGACCACGUCAUGCAGCUGGCAGACGGGACCCGGAUUGCUGGCAGCGUAUUGAAGAAGGGAGACGCCCAGAUCAAACUCACUGACAGCAAUGGCAGAGUGGUGAGUGUCCAGCUCACAAAUGCACUUUUGAUUCCCGGAUAUCCACAGGAUAUUUUGUCUGUGGAGGCAGAAGCUUCAAAAGGAGCGAAGUUCAACUUUGAGCUGAACAACAACAAGAGGAUUCUUCCUAACGGUACAACAUGUGACAUGAAGGUAAAAAACAGACUGUAUUAUCUGGACAUGGCAAAAGAGAACUGUGAUGAUUCCUGUAAUGCAUGUUAUGACCUGAAAACGUGGCAUGAGGUAAUGGGUCAUUGCAAUUAUGAUGAUGUAAUCAAACUGGAAACAGUGGUGGAUGGCAUGAAAAUCAAAGAUAGAAAGUGUAAGCCCAACACAUGUGAAACAUGCCUGCAGGGUAAAUUCACUCAAACCAGAAACAGGGAGGCAGAUGUAAGGGCUGAAGCACCUUUAGAGCUCAUUCAUACAGACCUGGGUGGGCCUAUUGUCCCAGAGUCACU